AUGCUAAGGUCUAAACUCACCGAGGCUGAAAGAGCCGAAGCUCAAGAGAGUAGCGUGGAAUACCUGAAGCGUUACACACAGAUAAUUAUAAUUUCUUUUUCUUUUCUUAGAAGUAUAUUAGCAGAAACAGCUACAUCAGUAGCUGCUGCUGCAAAUAUUCCAGCAUAUGCAUCGAUCAAAACAGCAUUGUACAAAACAAGAAAUACACUGUGGCCAAAUUUGCCAAAAACUGUUGACGACUUAUUGCUGCAGGGCUCUUGGUGUAAUACCAAAAAUGGAGCACCAUUUCUGCUAAUUGAUGAUGGAGCUGGAUCGCAUAGAAUUUUGGUAUUUUGCACUGCAGAAAACUUAAGAAACCUUUGUGCCAGCCCAAAAUUAUUUUUAGAUGGCACCUUUAAGGUAACACCUAAAAUUUUUAAACAGUUAUAUACUUUGCAUGGGGAUUACAUGGGCCAGAUAUUUCCUAUGGCUUUUUGUCUGCUAGGAGGCAAAACUUUUGCUCUGUACAAGAGGCUGUUUGAACUAGUAAAAUCUGCAGCAUGGAGUCACAACUACUUAUUAGCACCGAAUUUUGCCAUGGUAGAUUUUGAGUUGGCAAGCAUCAAGGCUCUGAAGGAAGUCUUUCCAAGUAUUGAAGUGAAAGGUUGUUACUUUCACUUUGUUCAAAGUUUGGUGUAAAAGGUAUGUAUAGCAUUUUUAAGCUACAGUUUGAAUUUCAGUAAUAGUGGAUGA